CCAUGAUAUACUUUUUUUUCCUCUGAGGAUAUUGGUACUGCUUUUGAAAUAGGGAUUCACUGUAUGCCUGUCAGCACUGUGCUGGGUAGAAAGACUGACAAACAGAGCUAACCACCAGGGUAUUCAGUGUAGCUAGAAGAAAAGCUGUGUUUCCGGCAUUGCCUUUGUCUGCCACCUGCAUCCUGCCUACCCUGCCCUUGUAGGUGAAAUUGAAUGACCUGAAAAUGGAUCCAUCUUCUCCUGUGUUACCGGCAACCAUUUUAGAGCAAACUGCCUUGCGGCUAGGAUGCAGUCCCACAGACGAGAAACUUGCUUUUCACUUAGAUGAAGAAGAUGAGUUAAAGCAUCUUCGUGAAUGUUUCUGUAUUCCAAAAGUCAAGGAUCUGCCUCCAACUGAUCUGAGCCUGGUGAACGGAGAGGAGAGCUGUGUAUACUUUGCUGGGAAUUCUCUCGGGCUCCAGCCAAGAAAAGUUAAAACUUACUUGGAUGAAGAACUGGACAAGUGGGCUCGAACAGGUGUUCAUGGCCAUUUCAAUGGUGAGCGCCCGUGGAUUUUGGCAGAUGAGUGCAUCCUGGACCUGAUGGCUGAGCUGGUUGGGGCCCAAAGACAUGAAGUAGCCUUAAUGAAUGGGCUAACUGUUAACUUGCACCUCCAGCUGCUAUCUUUCUUUAAGCCUACACCAAGACGCUAUAAAAUUCUUCUAGAAGCCAGAGCCUUUCCCUCUGACCAUUACGCAGUUGAGUCCCAACUUCGGCUUCACGGACUUGAUGUGGAGAAAUGCAUGCUCAUGAUGCAGCCACGGGAGGGGGAGGAGACCUUGAGGACUGAAGAUAUCCUUGCUGUUAUUGAGAAGGAAGGGGACUCUAUUGCUGUCGUUCUGUUCAGUGGGGUGCAGUACUACACGGGACAGCUGUUUGACAUCCCUAGAAUAACAAAGGCUGGCCAAGAAAAGGGUUGCUUUGUUGGAUUUGACCUGGCUCAUGCUGUUGGGAAUGUAGAGCUUCAUUUACAUGACUGGGGAGUAGAUUUUGCCUGCUGGUGUUCCUACAAGUAUUUAAAUUCUGGAGCAGGAGGCCUUGCUGGUGCCUACAUUCAUGAGAAGCAUUCCCAGAGUAUUAAACCAGCGCUAAUCGGCUGGUGGGGUCAUGACUUCAAAACGCGAUUCCUCAUGGAAAACAAAUUACAACUAAGUGAAGGAAUUAAUGGAUUUCGGUUAUCGAAUCCUCCAAUUUUACUGGUCUGUGCUCUGCAAGCUAGUUUAGAGGUUUUUGGUCAAACUACAAUGAAAGCAUUGAGAAAGAAAUCUGUUCUACUCACUGGUUACUUGGAAUACCUGAUAAAGCAUUACUACAAGGAGGAUAAAACAAAUCCAGAGAAGCCCUUUGUAAAAAUCAUCACGCCAUCUCAGAUUGAGGCAAGAGGAUGCCAGCUCACGCUAUCUUUUUCCCUUCCAGUCAAAUCUGUGUUUAAAGAGCUGGAGAAGAGAGGAGUAGCUUGUGACAUGCGAGAACCAAAUGCUCUUCGCGUUGCCCCAGUUCCUCUCUACAAUUCUUUCCAUGAUGUGCACAGAUUUCUUGAAAUCCUGGAAUCUGCAAUUACAUCUUCAAAACAAACAGCAAAUAAUACUGCGCUAUCUGGUUCUUAUUGAUGGCUCAGCUGUAUCUUUUAAUCUAUUUCUGACUAAGAUGCAUUUAUCCUGCUGAGCGGUUCUUUGCUUUGAGUAGACCGAGCUAUAUCCCAUGCAAUUUGCAAAAAAAUGACUGUGCUUGAAUAGUUAUUUACAACAGACAUGGUUUUAUUAAAGCUCAUAUUUCCACUCUG